CCUUGGCGACGAAGUGUUUGCGCCUAUUUUGUACAUGUUUUUCUACAAGUCCUCUCCCCCAGCGAUCCCGGGGAGAGGCUUGGCUUCCUCCCGCACCCGGCGCACGUCCGUUUUCGCUCCAUUUGCACAGAGGCUCCGCUUUGGAGAGGGUGACGCCAGAGAGCCACAAGGCCUGGCCCGGGUGGGGUUGGGGUGGGCGGAGCUUUUCGGGGAGGGACCGUGUGGCGCGCAGGGGCUGCCUUGUCUGCAGCGGGUGCUGGGGUGCACCUGAGAUGGCGGGAACAAAAAAAAGCUAAAUAAAACAAUUAAAUAAAUAAACGAAUAAACAAACAAGGCGCACUACGUCCUUGCCAGUCACAAGCAGGCCACGGCGGAUUCCGGAGCCUUAUGAAUAAAUGGCUCCCCUAGGCCCAAAGAACGCGGGCCUCGGUUGGGGCUGGGGGGAUCGGGAGGGCCGCCAUGCGUCCAGGGGCUUCCCGCUCGCGCGUCCCGCAGGGUUUGUGAUGGGCAUCUCCCAGGCGACGGGCUCCGCACCAAGAUGGCGGAGGAAAAGGACUCGGAAGGAACAGAGGCAUUAGUUGCAGAACUUCAUAAGAAGAUCAAAGAGGCAUUUGAAGUGUUUGACCAUGAGUCGAAUAAUACAGUAGAUGUGAGAGAGAUUGGGACAAUUAUCAGGUCAUUAGGAUGCUGCCCGACUGAAGGAGAGCUGCAUGACUUCAUUGCAGAGGAGAGAGAGAUGUUGCUGGGGUGCCUGUUGCCCGGGGUAGAAGAAGAAGAACCCACUGGAUACAUUCGAUUUGAAAAAUUUAUUCCAGUGAUGACCAGAGUACUUGUGGAAAGAAGAUACAGACCGAUUGCUGAAGAUGUCCUUUUGCGAGCUUUCGAGGUUUUGGAUCCAACUAAACGCGGGUUUCUGACUAAGGAUGAACUGGUCAAGUACAUGACUGAGGAAGGUGAGCCUUUUUCCCAAGAGGAAAUGGAAGAAAUGUUGUCCGCUGCAAUUGAUCCCGAAUCAAACACCAUUAAUUACAGGGACUACAUAACGAUGAUGGUGAUAGAUGAAAAUUAAAUGCUCCGAAGACUUCUUUUUUCUCCUUUUAAGACAACUGUAAACAUUCAAUUUCUAAUUGAAAGGAUAAUUUGAAAAAU